AUGCUCUGCCCGCGCGGCGAAUCCUGGGACGAACACGGCAAGGAGCAUCGCGCCAAGUCGGGGCCGACUGUCUCGUACGUCCGCCGCCUUGCGCAGGUCACCGAGACACGCAAGGAGGAGCGACGACUACUGGCGAUCCGCAAGGCGCGCGAGGACCUCGGCGCGGACUACUAUGUCGACGGCAUCCUCGGCGAGGGGGGGUACGGCGUCGUCUUUGCUGCGCUGCAGCGCAACACGGGGCGCCGCGUCGCAAUCAAGCGUGUAUCACCGUUUGAGCACCACCUGCUUGCGGUGCGCACUCUGCGUGAGCUCCGCCUGUUGCGCUUCUUUAUCGCGACGACGACAUGCGAAAACAUCGUUGGGCUCCUCGACGUCGUCAUUCCGGGCAAGAGAGAGAGCUACCAGGACGUCUAUCUCGUCCAGGAGAACAUGGACACGGAUCUGUACCGCGUCCUGCGGAUGCAGCCGCUCAGCUACGACCACGCACAGUACUUUACGUACCAGAUCCUGCGCGGCCUCAAGCCGAUCCACGCCGCGGGCGUACUCCAUCGCGACAUCAAGCCCAGCAACCUGUUGGUCAAUGCGAAUUGCGACUUGAAGAUUUGCGACUUUGGCCUCGCGCGUAGCAUCGGCACUGGAUCGCCGCAGGCCAAUGAGCAUCUCCUCACUGAGUACGUCGCCACGCGCUGGUACCGUGCGCCCGAGAUUAUGCUCUCGAGCCGCACGUACACCAAGGCCGUCGACAUCUGGUCCGUGGGGUGCACCGUCUUUGAAAUGCUCACGGGCCUGCCCCUCUUUCCGGGCCGUGACUACCACCACCAGCUCGCGCUGAUUCUAGACGUGCUUGGCACGCCAUCACUCGAGACGCUGCGCCCUCUGUGCGGCAAGCGCGCGAUGAACUAUGUCCAGUCGCUUCCUGCCCGCACGCCCAAGCCCUGGUCGGUGAUCCUGCCCAAGGUGCCGUGGGAGGCCAUCGACUUUUUGCAGCGCACCGUCACGAUCAACCCAGCGGAGCGCAUGACGGUCGAAGAGUGCCUUGAGCACCCCUUUGUCCGGCCAUACCACGACCCCUAUGACGAGCCGAGCGCGCCCCGGCUCGACCCUGCGGCAUUUUACUUUGACUUUGAGGCACUCGCUGAGACUAGUCAGGUCUACCGCGAGGACUUAUGGAACGAUGCUCAGGCCUACCUGUCUGGUGGCACGGCGCAAGUGCCCAUGCCGUAA